AUGCGAGGGCAAUACAACAGUGGGGAAUCAUAUCAAGUACACCAUGAUGAUGUGAGCAGAAUUUUAACUGCCGAUUGUGGACGUAUCGAGUUCGAUAAUUGUGUUGGAAGACCACGGCACUACAUCCGUGUGAACGAAUUUGACAACAGAGAUAACCAAGGGUCAUGUGACAGGCUACUGGCAGUUUUAAUUAACCUGUGGCACCUUCCAAAGCCUAAUAUAGUCAUUUCAGUGACAGGAGGAACCAAAAACUUUCAAAUGAAGAAUAAAUUAAGGACAGCUUUCAAGAGGGGACUCGUUAAACUGACAAGAACUACAAGGCCAUGGAUAAUAAGCGAAGGAACCGACACAGGUAUCAUGAAGGUAGUUGGUGAAGCGGUUCAUGAUUUCAACAUCACAAGCCAAAGAUCCAUUGUUGCCAUUGGAAUAGCAACAUGGGGCGCUAUUGAAGGUCGAAACUGCCUCAGAAACACGACAGGAGAUAACCAUAAAACAUGCAUGUAUCCAUAUUCAGCGGCAACAAACAAAGCGUUUCUAAACCCAAACCACACUCACUUUAUAUUAGUGGACGAUGGAUCGAACGAUCAAUUUGGAAAAGAAAUUGCUUUUCGCGCGGAAAUUGAACAAGCAAUUGCAAACAUGACAAUAGAAGACGGGACUGUUUCUAUACCUGUCGUCUUGCUAGUUGUGGAAGGAGGAAAGAACACAAUCAAAACCGUACUGAAUGCUAUCAAGAAGAGGACGCCAACAAUAGUUUUCAAGGGUUCAGGUAGAGCCGCGGACUUGAUAGCAUAUGGGUUUGAGCUUGCUAGAGAGAUGUCCGAACGUUUCAAGGAACAUCCUAAAGAAAGUCUGAUAGCGAUGUUGAUGAGGUCCCUACAGUCAAGAAUGGUGGAAAUGAAUACGGAGACAGAAGAAAUAUGGAGCUAUGCACAAAUCAGUGAUGUUUGCACAAUCAUUGAUAUGUGUCUUACAGAGAAUGAUUUGAUUACCGUGUUUGAUAUAACCGCUUCACUUGAUGUGUCACAAGACAUUGACGUAGCCAUGCUGAAGGCUCUUAUCGCAGGCAAUAAAGACCAACCGCUGAAUCAGUUGAAGCUUGCUGUGUUCUGGAAUAGAAUUGAAAUUGCAAACAGCGAUAUUUUGCACUCCAUGAAUCAAAGGACAAUUGAAGCAGCUAUGGCUGAUGAGAAACUGAUAUUAUCGGCACUCAUACUGGAUAGGGCGGACUUCAUUGAAACUUUCCUUGAAAACGGACUGGAGUUAAAUGCCUUAUUGGACGCAGAAAUUCUAAAGGAACUUUUUGAGGAGUAUCCACCGCAUUUCAUUCCACCUUUAAAGCCUAUAUUUGGAGUUUACAAGUACAAGUCGUAUGGAAGAUUAAUGAAUGGUGUCUUAAGCGACAAGUGCGAUUAUUCAAUACAACGUUUUGCAGAGGAUCGAUAUCAACAGCUGUUUUUAUGGAGCGUUCUUACCGGAAAACAGGAAAUGGCGAAAGUGCUUUGGAAAUUUGGACAGGACCAAAUCGCCAUGGCACUGAUUGCUUGCAGACUGCUGAAGAAAAUAUCAAAGUCCUCCCGUUUUCCAAACAUGAAGGACAAGCUGACAAAGAAUGCAGAGGAAUUCUGUCAACUUGCAUUGGACAUUACGUUCGAAUGUUUUGAGAAUGACGACGAGAAAGCCAUGGACUUGUUAAUGACACAUAUGGGAAGAUGGGAGGACAUCACAUGCAUCGAGAUUGCCCUAAUGACGAACAAUAGAAAGUUUGCCGCAAAUGGCCUAAUACAGUACAUUGUGGACGCUGUUUGGUGUGGGGAAAUAUCGUCGUUCACAAGAAAAGGCUCUCCGUCAAACGAGGACGUAGAAAGUGAAGACAGUAGCAGUUCUCAGGAUUCAGCAUUCUGUGCAAAUGUGUUACGGGCAAAGCAUUUCCUUCAAGCACCAUGGAUGAAACAUAUUCUUUAUUGUAUGUCCCAUACAGCAUUUUUGUUGUUGUUCAGCUACGCAAUUUUGUUCCAUUUUGACACAAGGGUCACGGAAAUAGAACUUAUACUUACUACCUGGGUCAUCUGUAUUGUGGUCGACUAUUGUAUGCAGGUGCCCACAGCAAAAGAUUUCUUACUCAAUUUUCUGAACUUUCCGGCAGUCGCGUUAUAUUCGAUUGGGUACAUACAACUUUAUCUACCCUACGCAGAAAAUUUUUCAAGAAGGGAAGAAUUACAGAGCAUUGGAAGGAUAUAUGUAGCAUUGGCUUUCGUGUGUUUCUUCCUUAAGCUGCUUGGAUUGUUUUCAACUGUACCACAUAUUGGACCGAAAGUGACCAUAAUAAAAAAAAUGGUGACAAUCUAG